AUGGCAUCUGAGCAAUUGCUUCGCAGAGAGACCAGCAAUAAGGUGAAAGAGAGAGAGGACCGCGUUGAGGCAGAUAGAAAGGAGUUACAUGGUAAUAACGGGAGGGAUCAGAGGGAGAAAGAGAGAGAGAUGGUUUCUGAUAGAGCGAGGUCUGGGAAUAUAGUUAAAGCCAAAGAGGUUGAAGAAGGAAGAAGAGGAAGAGAAAGUGGUGGUGGGAAGUUUGAAACGAAAGGUGAAGAGAAGAAGGGUUUAGGUGAAAAAGCUAAACUCGAAGGAAGAACAAGGGUAGUGGAAGGAAAAGAGUGGAACGAAGAGGAGAAACAAAGAAGCAAUCUUUCUAGAGGGAGAGUAGAGGCAGAGAAAGCAAGACCAAUUGCAAAAACAAGAGAGGAAGCUCAAGGAAGAGAAAAAGAUGAAGCCAAUGGUCAAACCAAAGAGGUGGGUCAAACAGAAGGUGAAAACAAGGGUCCAGUUAAAAAAGAAGAACUCGAGAAUAGACCAAGAGAGGUGGAGGGAGGAGAGUGGAACAAUGAGGAUAAACAAAGAAAUAGUCUAAGAGGGAAAGUAGAAGCAGAGAAAGCAAGACCAGAAGCUGAAGGAAUAGAGAAAGCUGAAACCGAAGAGGGUGGUAGUGAGGAACAAGGAAGAGGGAGAGAACAAAAUGAACAGCCUAGCCUCGAAGACAUUUCCAAAUUCAGAGCUGAAGCUCAACAAAAAGCAAUUAAUGCAAUUGAAUCUGCUAAGCAGAAAUAUGAAAGAGAGAGAGAAAAACAAGCAGAAAUUGAAGCUGCCAAAGAGAGAAACAAGCAGGCAAAUGAAGAGGGAACACAGGCAAAAGAUGUCGCAAGAGAAAAGGAUCAUGAAGGAAAUCUUGAAGCAGAAGAUAAGGGCCAAAAGGAUUAUGGUGAAGCAAAGGACAACACUGGUACGGUGGACCACACUACACCACCUGAUGAGAAGACCAAGUCUGGUUAUGGCACCAAUGCGCAGAACGUUGGAGAGCAAGCUGCACAAGAUAACGAUGUCACAGUGAAAACUGGCAAAAGUUCUUCCAAAGUGGCCGCGGAUUUGAGGGACAAGGCUGUAGUGACAGGUUGGAGUGCUGCUCAUUUCUCUACUGAGAUGACUGUGGAGGGAACCAAAGCUGCAACUCAUGUUGUUGAGGAAGCAGUUGAGUAUUUAGGCCAGAAGGCUUAUGACCUUGCUGCCAAGUCACUGGAUGCUGCCACGGGUUUAGCUGCUGCAACUGGUGAGAAUGCCAAGGAGUACACUGCAAGGAAGAAAGAGGAGGCAGAGAGGGUUUUGGAGGCCAAAAGAGAAGCUCAGAAUCAGGAGGAGAGGCCAUCAACAAAAGCCACCACUGAAAGCUUUCAAAGAGGACAAGGACAACCAGUACAGGAGAAAAAAAGAAAUAUGGAAGAAAAUAGGAACAGUGAGGGAACUUUUGAGGGAGGGGAAAGGGAACAGAAACCAUUUGGAAGCAUCAUUGGAGAAACACUAGGCAGUGCUGCACAGACAAUGAAGAAGCCAUUGGAUAAAGCCACUGAGGGAGGGAGGCAGGUGUUGGGAGCAGUAGGUGAAACUGUGGAGGAGAUUGGAGAAAACAUGCUGAAACCAGCACAGAAAGUGCAUCAACAUCAAGGUGAAGGGGGAGGGGUGUUGAAUGCCAUAGGUGAAACCAUAGCAGAAAUAGCAGAGACAACUAGAGUGAUGGUUGGUGGAGAGGGAGAAAAGGAGACAACAAAAUCACAUGAAUAUGAACAUGCCGACUUGAAACGUGAUUAG